AUGCAUCAGCAGACCACACGGCAGCUGUUGAUUGCAGGUGCCAGCAUCGGGCCGAUGUCAUUAGCUGCCAGAUACACGAAGACACAGCGCCACUUGCUGGCCCCGCUCCUUGAGCCAAGCAGGGGGUCCAGUCCCGGCCUGCGCCCACCACCUGGACUCGAAGACAUUGGCAUGAUGACCGGUCUCGGGAUGCCAAUCCGUUCGCUGAAGGCCUCCACAGACUCCAGAGAUGCAGAAUCUCGGCGCUCCAGUUUGAGUGAGAUCUCGUUUGUGUUGGAGUCUGCCCAUGUGGUUUUUCCCAAGUCAGACAAUGCAGCAGGCCCAGAAGAGAUGUUGGCAACGGUUCAUGCAACCACUGCAAUGAAGAACCUGCCGCCAACCAUGUGCUUGAGCACUGCUCCUCCAGCGGUUUCACUUGAGGGACUGCAGUUUGGCUUUGAGCUUUCGCCCUGCAGCUGGUUUGUUUGA